AUGGGGGAGGGUGUGAGAUGUGUGAAUGGGGUAGAUGGCCAGGGCAGAUGUACCAGGGCAGGAGGAGUGAUAAUCCAACCGUUGAGCAGACAGCCUGCCAAGGGAUUGACGAGUUGUUGCUUAGUACUGAGAAUGACGAGAUUCACUGACAUUGCCGACUACGAUGCCGGCGAAACUUCUGGGAAUGUACUAAAUCCACGGUCCGAUGCCGGGACAAAGCGCAUCCGACCAAGUCGCCCUGGCAACACGAUCAAGUUGCGAGAAUGGUGUCAGACCGCAUAUAAUAUCAUGUAA